UGCUGUGGUAAGCGCUUCCAUGGGUGUGAUUGGCCCGCUCCUGGCGGAGAUCAGCAUCUUGUGUGCGCGCUUGCCCGAUGGCCGCCCAAAACGGGAGAUGGAGUUCUUCGAGGAGAAACUGAGGAGCAUCCAAGAGAUGGUGUCCUCCCUCCACGCCGUGAAGAUGUCGCACAUGGUGGAAGAGGACACGCUGCUGAAGAAGAUGUGGGCGAAGCAAGCGAGGGAGAUCGCCUACGACACGCAAGACUUGGUCGACCUCUUCACGCACGGCGACGGUGAUGGCGACAGCGCCGGGGUUAUGCCCAAAAAGACUGCUGGGCGUGUCAAGAUGCUAAAGAGGUUCAGAAGGCGCCCCAAGAAGCCCAUAUCAGAUCUUGAGAUGGUCAACAAGAUCCAAGAGCUUAAGGUUCGUAUGGCGGAAGUGAUUGAGCGGCACAAGAGGUUCAAGAUCGGCAUGGAGCCCAGCUUCCCCCCAGAACAAGACAUACCCAGUUGGCGCCCAGCUAUGUCCAUAGAUGCUCAUUUGUCGGCACUCUAUGCCGGGGGGGACGGACUUGUUGGUAUCGAUGGCCCCAGGGACGAGCUCACGGCUCUGCUCAUGGUCAUGGAUGACAAGCAACAAUUGAAGGUGGUCUCUGUUCUGGGUCCUGAAGGUAUAGGAAAGACUACACUUACCAAAGAGGUAUUUAACGAUAUUCAAGGAAAAUUUGAUUGCUCCGCUUUUGUGUCAAUGUCCCAAAACACAAGCAUUCAGGAGAUUCUUCAAGCUCUUGGAUCACAGCUCAGUGCCCAACAAGGUGCCAGCAUAGAGGCAUGCCAAGAGGAGCGACUCACGCAUAAGCUCAUACAAGUACUCAAGGCCAAGAGGUACUUUGUCGUGCUCGACGGUGUGUGGAGCACACGUGCAUGGAGAUUGAUCAGAUGUGCCUUGCCUGGAAAUAAUCUUGGCAGUCGAAUAUUGAUGACGACAUGCAUCGAUGACAUAGCUAUGUCAUGUUGCUCAACUGCUGCAGACUCGAUAUAUCGAAUGAAAUAUCUUCCGGAAGUAGAAGGAACAAGAUUAUUCAUGGAGAGAACAUUUGGCCUUGAAAAGCAGUGGCCUUAUUCCUUAGAAGAAAUUGGUACUGAAAUGCUGAGAAAAUGUGGUGGGUGGCCAAUCUUAAUCCUCACCAUAGCUAGUUUGCUGGCCAGCAAGUCAAGUUCAGAAGAGCAAUGGAAAGUGAUACAAGGUUUUAUUGAUUUAGCACUUGAGGGUCACCUCAAAAAGAAAGGUUUAGCACCUGAGGAGAGCCAGGCCCACAGUUGCGACAGUUUUCAAGGAGUGAAAAAUAUAUUGUACAUCUGUUAUAAUGACCUUCCCCAGCAGUUGAAGACAUGCUUACUGUAUCUAUGCUUGUAUCCGGAAGGCUAUAUCAUCAGCAGAAACAAAUUAGUAAGAAGAUGGAUAGGUGAAGGCUUCAUCGGCAUGAGAAGUGAACAUGACAACUUGGAAGAAGUAGGGCAGCGCUAUUUCAAUGAACUUAUUAACAGGGGGAUGGUCCAACCUGUGGGAAUCCAGUAUGAUGGUCGAGCUGAAGCCUGUCAAGUCCAUAAUUUGAUACUUAGUCUAAUUGAAUCCAUAUCUGCUGAAGAAAACUUUGGUAUGUUGGUUGAUGGAAAGGCUCAAGAAUUCCGCACAACAGACAAGGUCCGACGGUUAUCUCUCAACUACCAUGGUCAAAAACAUUUUCCAAUUCCAUCAACCAUAUCUGCUUCUCCCAUCCGCUCACUCACAGUUUUUGGGUCUGCUCAAAGUGCACCGAUCCUUUCAAAUAAUCAAGCGUUACGGGUGUUAGAUUUGGAUGUUCAGGGAGAUCCAUGUAAAAACUAUCUUGGAACUAUAGGGAGCCUUUUUCAGUUGAAGUAUUUGGGACUCCAAAUGAGUGGAGUUGUUGAGCUUCCUGAACAGAUAGGGGAACUGCAGUUUCUUGAGACUCUUGAUCUUACCAAGACUUCCAUCAGAAGGCUGCCAACAAGCAUUCUUGGCUUAUGGCGUUUGGUAUAUUUACUUGUCUGUAAUGUGGAAUUGCCAGAUGGAGUUGGCGACAUGCAGUCUCUGGAGGAGCUUUCAGGGAUUCAAGUUAACACCACCAACUCAACAAAUUCACUGUUGGGUGUGGGACAGUUGACUAAACUGAGGAUUGUCCAACUAAUAUGGUCCAUUUCCGAUGUGUGCGGUGAUAUUAAAGGAUAUGAGGAUAAUCUACUCUUGUCGCUGAAGGAACUAUCCAAGCUCCAAUCUCUAAGCAUCGAAAGCAAAUAUGGUUCUUCUCUCAGUUUCUUGGAUUCUUGGUCACCUCAUCCUCAGUCUCUUCAGAAACUCUAUUUGAGCGGAGGAUAUUAUUUCCCCAGAAUUCCAGAGAGGAUAAUCUCGCUUGUCAACCUUGAUUUCCUCGACAUCAGGGUUUAUCAAGUGGAAGAGGAAAUGAUGAAUGUUUUGGGAUCCCUGCCAGCUCUGUUAGUUCUCAGCAUAUCAUCGCAGGUUGCAGCCGCAGAACAAAGGAUAGUGGUUCAGCCCGGGUUGUUCCACUGUCUGACGAAAUUUACACUCACUUGCUUGAAUAGUUGGACAGGGUUGGUAACCGAACCAGAGGCUCUGCCGAAGCUAGCAAGGCUUGGGCUUCUGUGCUACGUGCAGGGACAGAGAGAUCCUGUGUUUGGUGAUUAUGGCAUCAAGUAUCUCAGUUCUCUCAAAAAUCUCCAUGUUGAGAUCACCUUGGGGGACGCAGGGAUUUGGGAGGUUGCCACAAGAUCCUCUAACAUUCCGCCGCCACAAGUUCAAAUAUCGGACGGACAUAAUAUGGUGGAGGAAGAGGAAAUCAUCGAAGCGGUGGAGUCCUUGUCUACACACAUUGAAGAAGAAUCUACUAUCUACAAAGAUGCUCAAAUGGACCCGCAACAUAUUGUGGGGGUGGAUGUGGAAAUGGAUUCCCAAUCUUCACAGAAAGGCACAGCAGAAGAGUAUAAAGCUGAGGCAGGGAGCGUCUCCACCUGUGAUGGCAUGUCUCCAAGAAUCCAUCCACACAAACUUGCAUCAGCGAGCUCUAAGCUAACUUUCCACAACCGUGAAAGCAUGGAGGUGGCUUUGGUGAGUGUGACAACUGGGGCCAUAAAACUCGUCCUAGAGAAGCUAACCGCCCUUCUCGGCGACGAGUACAAGCGUUUCAAGGGUGUGCGCAAGGAGAUCAAGUCCCUCACUAGCGAGCUCAUUGCCAUGGAGGCUUUACUCCUGAAGUUGUCAGAGGAGGAGGAUCCUGAUGUGCAAGAUAAAUUUUGGAUGAAUGAGUUGCGGGAGCUGUCCUAUGAUAUGGAGGAUGGCAUCGACGACUUCAUGCAAAGUGUCGAUGACAAUGACGUAAAGCCAGCUGGCUUUAUUGAGAAGAUCAAAACCUCACUAGGGAAGUUGGGAAAGAUGAAGGCUCAUCGUCGGAUUGGAAAAGAGAUCCAUGAUAUGAAGAAACAAAUCAUCAAUGUGGGUGAGUGGAAUGCAAGUUACAAGAGUGGUGAGACCUUCCCCAAGACCAUCAAUGCGACCAUUGACCCUAGAGCUCUUGCUAUCUUCGAGCAUGCAUCAAAACUCGUUGGAAUUGAUAAACCAAAGUCUGAGAUAAUCAAGUUGUUAACGGAAGAGGUUGCCCAUGCACCAGUGAAAGAACAACAACCGAAGAUAGUCUCCAUUGUUGGAUCUGGAGGUAUGGGAAAGACAACUCUUGCAAACCAAGUGUAUCAAAAUUUCAAAGGACAAUACGAGUGCAGGGCUUUCAUAUCGGUGUCACGAAAUGCAGACAUGAUCAAUAUCUUGAGAACCAUUCUCAGUCAACUGGCUAAAAAUAAUUAUGGUAGUACAGAUGUGGGGAGUAUACAACAACUCAUCAGCAAGAUCAAUGAUUUCCUAGCGGACAAAAGGUAUUUUGUUGUUGUUGAUGAUAUAUGGGACAUGGAUACAUGGGAUAUUAUUAAGUGUGUAUUCCCUACUACAAGUUCUAGCGGUAGAAUAAUCACAACUACUCGUAUAAAUGAUGUCGCUCAUUUCUGCUGUUCAUCCUUCAAUGGCCAUGUUUAUAAUAUAAGGCCUCUUGACAUGGGGCACUCAAGGCAGUUAUUUCACAGAAGAUUAUUUAAGUCUGAUAAAUAUUGUCCUUCAUACCUUCAAGAAAUUUCUGAGCAGAUAUUGAGAAAAUGUUGUGGCUCACCUCUGGCGAUCAUUGCGAUAUCUGGUUUGUUGGCUAACUCAGAAAAAACAGUGGAUCUAUGGGAUCAAGUGAAUGGUUCAAUUGGUCAUGCACUUGAAGGGAAUUCUAGCGUCGAAGGAAUGAUGAAGAUAUUAUCACUUAGUUAUUUUGAUCUGCCUCCUUAUUUAAAAACUUGCCUCUUAUAUCUCAGCAUUUAUCUAGAAGAUUCUACUAUUGAGAAGGAGGGCCUUAUAAGAAGAUGGAUUGCUGAAGGAUUCAUUCAUAGAGAAGGCAGGUACACGUCAUAUGAGUUAGGAAAAAGAUGUUUCAAUGAACUACUCAAUAGAGGUUUGAUCCAACCUGAGAAGAUAGAUAACUAUGGCAAGGUUAAUAGUUGUCGAGUUCAUGACACAAUUCUUGAUUUCAUCAUGUCCAAGUCUACGGAAGAGAACUUCGUUACAUUACCUGUUGUUCCCAUUCUAAGAAUUGGGGACCAAAGCAAAGUUGUUCGUCGACUCUGUCUACAAGGUGUGAAAGGAGGAGAUUCAACAGUACUGACAACAGGUCUAAUGUUGUCCCAUGUCCGAUCACUUGUUGUGGCUAGAGGUCUUGUGGAAAUCCCUUCAUUGGAGGAGUUCAGACAUCUGCAUGUUCUUGACUUUAGCAACCAAUUAUUGAAAGAGCACGAUCUUCAAAAUAUAAUGAGGUUAUUCCAGCUGAGGUACCUGAACCUCAAAGGUACAAAAAUAAGAAAGCUGCCAGAACAAAUCGGGUGUUUAGGGUGCUUAGAGAUACUGGACCUAAGAGACACUUUUGUGAAGGUAUUGCCCGUGUCUAUUAUUAAUCUCGGGAAAUUGAGGCAUCUACUUGUUGAUCAUGUUAAAUUUCCUAAUGGUAUUGCAAAGAUGCAAGCAUUGGAGACGUUGGAGUAUGUGAAGGUCCCGAUUCAGCCCUUUGACUUCUUGUACGGCCUUGGCCAACUAAAGAAUUUGAGGAAAUUGGGGCUUAACCUUCGUUUUGUGGUUGAUUCUGAUAGUGACACCGAGGAUAUGGAUGUGGUUUGGGAGGACCGCAUCAAAGCUUUCACCUCUACCCUGUGUAAGCUAGGAACCCAGAACCUUCGCUCUCUCCUUAUUGUGUCGGGGAAGAGCCUUUUACGAGAACCUUUGUGCAUGCCUACCCUGGAGAAACUUAUUACCCAGUAUUCAACCGUCCCGCGGGUUCCGGAGUGGGUUAGCUCUCUUAGAGACCUCAAACAGCUGCGGAUUCAUGUGGGGGUAGUCAAGCCGGAUGAUCUCUGCAUCCUUGGAGCUUUACCCAGUCUGCUCAUUCUGCAUCUGGAGGAAGAAACGGAGUCAAACGACCAGCUCAUAAUCAAUGCUGAAGUUGGGUUCCCAAUCUUGAAGAUUUUUAUUUAUGUUGCAAUUGUUUGCCCAGAAGAUGUGAUAUUUACAGCAGGAUCCAUGCCUAAGCUAGAGAAACUCGCGCUUAAAUGUUUGCGUGCAGUUGAAGCCGACUAUCUGGACUUUGGAAUCCAGAACCUCCCCUGCCUCAGUACUGUCAAAGUAGAGGUCCCGUAUGAUUCUCUUCAAGCCGUGAAGACUGCCAUGGAGAGAGCAGCCAGUGCACAUCCCAACCACCCUACUAUUGUCACAGAAUAUGGAAGGGCGAGUAGUAGUAGGAUUAGGACUUGUAGCCGACUAGGUUAGCUUGUAUUGGUCCUAGCUACUAUAUAUACCUAAGGUAUACCCCUGUA